GGAAAUAUUCGAGAGUGAAAGUCUUCCGCUGAAUGCCCUGCUUAUCUCAGCACGGGAGCGCGCAGCAGGACACAGCGGCAGUGCCGUGAGCGCGCCUUCCGUGUCUGCUUCGUUCGCUGACAGCCAGCGGUGCGAGCUGGGCUCAUUAACGGCUACUGAUCCUCACCUCGAGCGUUAUCAACCCAAUAGUGCUCCGCGUAUCGUUUCCUCAUCUCAUUCCGUCGCCGUACAAUUCCUCCGAAAUGAAUCCACUGUGUAGCAGAUGUAACCGAGUGGUGUAUCCCACGGAAAAAGUGAAUUGCCUUGACAAGUACUGGCAUAAAGGAUGCUUUAGUUGUGAAGUCUGUAAGAUGACUCUAAACAUGAAGAACUACAAAGGCUUUGAGAAGAGACCAUACUGUAAUGCACACUAUCCGAAGACGUCAUUCACCAGUGUUGCAGACACUCCGGAGAACCUGCGCCUGAAACAGCAAAGCAAGAUGCAGAGCCAGGUGCUCUACAAGGAGGAAUUUGAGAAGAACAAAGGAAAGGGCUUCAGCGUUGUGGCCGACACACCGGAGUUGCAGAGAAUCAAGAAAACACAAGACCAAAUCAGCAACAUUAAGUACCAUGAGGAAUUUGAGAAGAGCCGAAUGGGAGGGGAAGGCACGCCUCAGUACCCGCAGACACCUCAACAAAACACAACUCCAGCAUAUCAACCCAAGGCAGCAUCUCAGAACUAUCACUAUGAGCCCAAGCCUGUGCAUCAGGCCGCUGCCGCCCCUCCUCACAGCUCUGGGAAGCGCUACCGAGCAGUGUAUGACUACACCGCAGCUGAUGAGGACGAGGUGUCGUUCCUGGAUGGCGACGUGAUCAUGGACGUGCAGCAGAUCGAUGAGGGGUGGAUGUACGGAAGAGUGGAGCGCACCGGCCAGCAGGGGAUGCUGCCGGCUAACUAUGUAGAGGUCAUCUGAACAUAAGAGAGAGAAAGUUGAAAGGGUGGAAAAGAAAAAGAGGGGGUUGCGGCGGAGAGAUGCAGAUGAUUAGCCGAGUGCCAUCUCACCUUUCAAGAUCUCAUCUUUUUCCUCUUCUUUUCCUGCACUAACUGUCCUAUCAGGGGUCAGCCUCUAUGACCCGGUCAUGAUCCAAAACAAACAUAGUUCAGUACGUAAUCAUACACAGCAACAGCGCAUAUACGCACUCACAUAAAUAGUGAAUGAUUUACGACUUUCGUCCAUGUCUUUCUCUCUGUCUUUUGCUUUUGCUGUUUGUCUUAUUAGUAAGUGUUUCCUCAGUCCUGGAAAGGUGCUGUCACAAGUGGCACUUAAGU